GCGCGGCCACCCGGGCUGUGGCAUUGCGCCCAGCAGCGGACUCCGAGACCCGUAGACCUGGGCGAACCCUUGCUCUUGACCACCCACCCACUUUCGGAACCAUGGCCGCAGUGGCAGCAGCCUCGGCAGAACUGCUCAUCAUCGGCUGGUACAUCUUCCGCGUGCUACUGCAGGUGUUCUUGGAAUGCUGCAUUUACUGGGUAGAAUUCGCUUUUCGAAAUCCUCCAGGGACACAGCCCAUUGCGAGAAGUGAGGUGUUCAGGUACUCCCUGCAGAAGCUGGCGCACACGGUGUCCCGGACCGGGCUGCAGGUGCUGGGGGAGCGCAGGCACCGAGCCCCCAACUGAGGCCCCACCUCCCAGCCCUGGGCGGCCGUGUCAUCAGGUGCUCCUGUGCUUCUCGACCAGCAUGGGAGCCAAUGCCGCACAGGAAUGGGGGGUCCCCUGUGCUCCCUCGUCAGAGGAGCACUUGCCAAGGUCAGUGAGGGGCCGGUAGGUCCCCAGAAAAGCAGCACCGACAAUGAUGAAGACAUCAGUUCCCUUCCCAGCCCCCCCCCCUUUGCCCCUGUCCCAUGGCCGGCGGGUGGGAGAGGAUGGGGGAAGAGGGGAGCAACCCUCGAGAUAUGGGCGUAGGCACCACAUUCUGAUCUGGACCAAGUUGGAACAGCACCAUCUCAGCCGCACAAGAUCCUACCAUGGAGAGCUAACACCCCACCAACCAGCAGAAUGGACAUUCUGACAUCACCAGCUGAAACCCUGAAUCUCGGUGCAGAAGAGAAAGUGUCAACUGCGUGCAGCAUUGGGGGAGUGGAGGGUGUGGGUGGUGGAGGAAGAGGGUUAAGAAAACUAGUGGGGCCCUCUUGCUGUCCCUUACCUAUGGCACCCAUAUUCCUGCCUUGCUCCCUCAUUCCCCCUCUCCCCUGCCUUCCAAAGCCCCACCCCCCCAAAAAUGUGUCACUUGAUUCGGACCUAUUCAACCAGUAAUUGGAUCCCACCUUUACCAAAACACCGUCUCUGACCCCCGGCCCUUCACUGAUCUUGCUUAUCCCUGGUCUCACGUAGCAGUUGUGGUUGCUAUUGUGGUAGUCGCUAAUUGUACUGGUUUACGUGUGCAUUAGUUGUGUCUCCCCGGCUAGAUUGUAAGCUCCUGGAGACAGGGACCACCUCCACAAAAAAUAAAAAAACGGACCUUUCCUGUCUUGUAGUGUCCUAGGACCCUGCAGGGCAGUGGGGGUGCACCAAAA